AUGUUAUUGGACGAAACACAUUUUCUAGCAAUUCCUGUUUCCAUUCUUUUCUCUGCUCCACUUCUGACUGUUAUGGCGAUGUAUGAUGCGACGAUGGAAGUGAAUGGCAGAAAUACCAGUGCGAGCAGUUGCGACAGCAAUCGUAAUGGUAUCGACAGCCAACGACGCCAGAACGGUGGAUAUAGUAGCAGUACGAGAGAACAUUCAGGAGACCAAUAG